UUUCAUCCAGGUAAAACUACUCUCACAGAAGCCCAGCAGGAGUCUCUGAAUGCCACUCUGCUGAAAUCUCCUCCCCAGUGCCUGGCUCCUUUCAGACAGCGCUUUGACUCAGAACCACCCCUCAUCCGCAGGGCCUUUUACGCUCUGGGGAACUACAUCACUGCAGCCCACAUUGGAAAAGAAUCCUUAAGGGCUCCUGUCAUAGUGGACAGGUAUUGGCACAGCACAGCAGCAUAUGCCAUUGCCACAGCGGUCGGUGGGAGGGUUGAAAACCUCCCUAGGCCGGGCUCAGAGCUCUACCAGUGGCCAGAAGACCUGCUCUAACCAAACCUGGUGCUGCUUCUUACUGUCAAUCCAGAAGAAAGACUGAGAAGACUCAGGGACAGGGGACAGGACAAGACCAUUGAGGAGGCUGAGCUAGAGAUCAAUCAGUUCUUCCGACUUAAAGUGGAGGAAGCUUACAAGAGAAUCCAGAAUCCCGCCUGCAUCAUCGUGGAUGCAAGCUCCUCUCCACAAGAAGUGCUGCAACAAGUGCAGCAUUUAAUUAGGAACAAAUGUCACUUGUAAACAACCGGCUCCCAACCCAAUGAUGAAGAAGCCCUGCAAUUCCUCCGCAAACCACUAGAUGGUAGUGUAGUGUUACGAUUGACAACAGUCAACUGAACGCACUGUAAGAGCCCCAGUCAGCUGAGCCUGUUGAUUGAAAAGGAGGCUGGUGGCUAGCUGCCAGCAUAUAUUUCAGGGCUCGUAUCUGGACAUGUCACAACAUAUUCCCCUUCCCACAGAGCUUUAGUGAUGACACGAGAGGGAAAGUUAUUGCGGGUGCUGUAGCUGGAUGUCAGCUCUCAUACGCAGGGUCACAGCGUCCACUUUCCUCACUCUGACUUAUUCCCAGUGAAACACAGGAACUCAGCUAAAGAGGUUUGAGAAUUCAUCAAUCACUUCAAUUAGAUUUAAACACAAGAACUCAUUGUUGGUCAGCUCGGCAUUCACUCCUAUAGGAGAUGGAAUCAAGGGACCUUAUGGAGGUAUUAAAAGCAAUAGAUCUGAUCCAGGCAAUUUAAACUUGCUUGGAUUUGUUGCUGUUGCUUUUGGACGCAGACUCUGAUCAUUAAUUAAGAGUGAUAUGCUAGGGCUAAAAUGUACAUGUAUAUAACUCAGAGUCCUUAAAGUCUGUUUAU